UCGGUUUUUUCUAAGUAGAUACAUUUUUGAACGCAAGUUCAAAUGUCAAGUUGAACAGCUGUCAAGUUAAGUCAUUCUUCCCGUGCUGUCAAUUUUUUUCAAUAGGAUUCCAUAAAAAUAUAUGAAAACAUAGAUAAAUUUAAACCAUACACGCCGAAAGUGUGGCUCAAUUGCGCAAUUAGCAAAUACGCUAGAUGUGUAAAAGCGCGAUGUUAAGAACAGCUUAUAGGACUCGAAGUGUAUUUUAUUGAAUUGUAUCAGUGAUUUUGGGAUAGAAAGUGACCUGAGAGCAGGAGUGCAGUGCAAAGGGGGUCGGAGCGAUCAUGCACGAUGUUGGAGGGGCUGGUGGCUUGGGUCUUGAACAAUUACUUGGGGAAGUAUGUGGAGAAUCUCAACACAGACCAGCUCAGCGUCGCGCUGCUCUCUGGGAAGGUAGAACUCGAGAACCUCCCCCUAAAGAAAGAUGCUCUCCGCCACCUUGGACUGCCAGUGGAAGUCCGAGCAGGCUUCAUCGGCAAGGUGCAACUGCAGGUUCCCGUGCGACAGAUCCGCUCUGCACCAUGGCUGAUUGCUAUCGAAAAGCUGUACCUUGUGGCCGCGCCUGUCAAUUUGGAUGAGUGGGACAGCGCAACUGAAGCACAUUAUGCGCACGAGCGCAAGGUGGCGCUGCUGGACGCGCUGGAGGCCCAAUGGCGCGCGGCGCAAGAGGCCAUGUCGGCAGAUGCGUCGUACUACGCGGCGUCCUACUCCUCCUGGCUUAGCUAUGGCACUGGGUUUCUGGCCAACAUCGUGGAGAACUUGCAGUUGAAGCUCCACGACGUCCACAUCCGCUACGAGGACGCCGUCACCUGUUCCCCCCACGCCUUCGCCUGCGGCCUCACCGCCGCCGCCCUCUCCGCUGAAUCCUGCGACGCGGGCUGGAAGCGCGGCUUCACAUUACUACCGGCUACAGGAGAUGGGUGUUCCUUCAAGUUGCUAGAGCUGCAGAGGUUGGCGGUGUACUGGGACGUCAUGCCACCUAACGAAAUGAUGGCAGACUGCUCCAUGACUGAGCUAACGGAACGCAUGUCCCAAACCUGGCUGGGCACCCACCAAUGGCUGCUAGCGCCGGCGACGGCGACAGCGCGCGUGCGUCGCGAGCGGACCGAGCAGCCGCUGCGCUCGCGCACCCGGCCCAGACUCACCGCGCACCUCACGCUUGACACCGUGCUGCUCAACCUUACUCAGAGGCAGUACAGCGAAGCGGUGGGCUGCUCCCUAGGUCUAGAACGUGUAGCGCGCCUGCGCGAGUUCCGCGCCCUCCGGCCCGCCGUGCCCGUGCGGCAGGGGGCGCGCCUCUGGUGGCUGUACGCGCUGCGGUGCCACUACCCCGAGCACACCUGGAUGGAGCCAGCGCCGACGUGGGGAUCAUGUUUAGCGCAAGCGCGAGCGGCGCGGCAAUACGUCGAAAUCUGUCUCAGUUUGCUAUCCAACCCCGCUGCCACCCUACCGCCAGAUAAAAAGGCGGCAAAGGAUGAGUUCGAGUGGAAGACCCCUCUGCAUUUAUUGAAGCCGCUGAGAGAGAUUGCAAUGCGCAAAGUCCCCCGCGCAACUCCAGUGUCCACCCCCGACAAGCCCGGCGCCUCGGGUCGCUCCAUGCUCGUGCAGUGGUUCCCGCAGUGGUGGGGCUGGUACAGCGCGGCCCCCGCGCCGGGCGCCCCGGACCCGGCGCUGGCGCCCGGCGCCCAAGCUGGCGCCCCGCCUGGUACCCAAACACCAGCUCCGCCAGAUCUGGAGGAGGAGAUAUUGGAUGUGAUCGCUGAUUCGCUGGAGAAUAACACGAUGUUGAAGAGGGAUACCGUGUUUGGCAAGUUUGAGUUCGUGCUAAAUAAGGGGUGCUUGAAUUUGUGUAUGGAAUCGGAGGCGGAAAACAAGGAGCCACCAUCACCCGGUUCAGAAGCGGCCGUGGGGCUUGAACUCCAAUUCAGUGCUGUCGCCGUCGGGCUAGAAUCCCGCGUGCGCGCCGGCUCUCACGCGCUCCAUGUAUCUCUAGGCGGAGUGUCUCUUCGAGAACGCAUCACACCAGGAUCAUUGUUUCCUGUAUUGGUGGCGCCAGCACCGCUCGGUACAAGAAGCAGUGUGGGCAGGCAGACAGAACAAGAGCCGCUCUUUCAAUUACUGUAUGAAAAAAGGCCUUUUGGGCUGAAUGCAGACUACAAGUUGUGGGUGAAGUCGGCGCCGCUGGAGGUGGUGUACUGCUCGGCGGCGGCGCGCUGGGCGCAGCAGUUCGCGGCCGAGCCGUGGGGCGGCGCGCGCCCCUACGUGGCCGUGCGCGACCACACGCGCGCCAAGCUCAUCACGCAGUGGGAGCACAUGCUGCACCCCAGUGUGGGCGAGCGAAGAUCCUGGCAAGUGGAAUUAGACAUCUCAGCCCCUCAGAUCUUAUUUGUCGAAUCACUGACUGACCGAGAUUCGUCGGUACUUGUAUUGGAUUUCGGUCGGCUUCGGUUGGCGAACGCAGACGCGAUAGACCCUGUGCCGGAUAGCGGGAGUGUAGAUGACGAGGAAAUGUUCAUGACUCCAUGCUCGACGCCGCCGGGCAGCCUGCUGUCGCCCGCGUCGCCGCCGGAGCCCCCGGAGCCCCCGGAGCCCCCGGCCGCGGCCCCCGCGCAGCCUGGCCUGCUCGCCAUGCGACUGCACAACAGACUAUACGACCGAUACACGAUAGAGUUCAGUGACCUCCAGAUCCUGGUGGGGCGCGCGCGGGACAACUGGAAGUAUGCGCAUGCCAAAACCACGUCGUCGCUGCAUCUGCUGGACAGGUUUAGCAUAUCACUGCAAGCGGAGCGACGUGUGGUCCACACAACGGACCCUCAAUACCCGACGGCGACCCUUUGUGGGACCCUGCCCGCAUUGGUAGUGCAUCUCAGCGAACAAAAGGUGUUUGCUGUGAGAUCCGUCAUCGCGAGCUCACCACUGUUUGCUACUGAUACGUCCCGUAGCGACAGAGCCGAAGGCUCAGGCACCGAUGAACCCGACGGCGUAUCUGAGAGCAGCGAGAGUUCCGACACGGAACCUUCGUCGCACUCCUCGCACAAACAUGCUACGCUCUUCAUGGUGCAGUUUGCCAUCGACCAGAUGUCGCUCGAGGUGCAAUCCCGCGGCCGCAGCAUCGCCGAAGUCCAAGUAUGCGGGGUCAAAGCAACAGCUACGGCGAGGCCUUCAGAGCUGGCGCUGGCGCUAUCCGUACAUUCGCUGUUACUCGUGGACGCGCUGCAAACCUACGGGCCUGACUUCGAGCUACUUGUUGCUAGUCAUAAACACGUGGGGAUGGAUACGACAUCGGGCAGCAUCCGCGGCUCGGAGCCGACGUCGCCCACGUCGCCGUCGUCGCCGGACGCGCGCGCGCCGCCGCCGCACGCGCUGCAGGCCGCGCUCUACUCGCUCACUGCCAAAAAUCCCUCGGAAGCAGACCGCACCAGCCCCGGCCCGACGUGGCCGCCCAACACCAGCUGGAACACCAGCUACAACACCGCCUGGGGUUCCACCAGCAACUGGAACUCCAGUAACUGGCAACCUUGGAACACUACCGGAACAAGUAACUGGAGCGGCAACUGGGGCGGCGCGGUGGACUCCGAGGCGUUGAUAGCGGUGGAGUUGACGUUGGUGAAGGGAGAGAAUGGCUCAGAGGACUUGAGGAUAGCGAAUAUAUUGUUCAACAAUUUGGAUAUCAUUGCGAACCAGGAAACUAUAGUGGAACUGAUAGGGUUCACGCAGCGGGUGUUCGGCAGCAGUGGGGCCAAGAAGGCCGAGCCGGCGGAGCCGCCCAAACCUUCACCCUCCACUGAAGAUGAGGUCAAGGAGGUCCGAACGGAGAUCACGUUCGACUUCCACCGCCUGGGUGUGCUGCUGCUGCGAGCGGCCGUGCACGACGGCGCCGUGGUCGCCAAGAAGAUCGCCACCGCCACCGUCAGCGAGGCGCGCAUACAGGCCACCGUCGGUGAGUGUUGUGUACACAUGGACAAGAAGAUCGCCACCGCCACCGUCAGCGAGGCGCGCAUACAGGCCACCGUCGGUGAGUGUUGUGUACACAUGGACAAGAAGAUCGCCACCGCCACCGUCAGCGAGGCGCGCAUACAGGCCACCGUCGGUGAGUGUUGUGUACACAUGGACAAGAAGAUCGCCACCGCCACCGUCAGCGAGGCGCGCAUACAGGCCACCGUCGGUGAGUGUUGUGUACACAUGGACAAGAAGAUCGCCACCGCCACCGUCAGCGAGGCGCGCAUACAGGCCACCGUCGGUGAGUGUUGUGUACACAUGGACAAGAAGAUCGCCACCGCCACCGUCAGCGAGGCGCGCAUACAGGCCACCGUCGACGCGUCCCGCGUGGAAGUGGACGGGUCGCUGGGCGGCGUGCAGGUGGUGUCGCUGUGCGAGGGCGCGGGGCUACACACGCGCGUGCUGAGCGCCGGCCGCGCGCCCGCCCCCGCCCCCGCGCCCGCGCCCGCGCCCGCCGCGCGCCCCGACCAGCGCGCGCUGCUGUUCACCAUCACGAGGCGGGUCACUGCGGAUGGUGAGUGGACGGUCGCUGGGCGGCGUGCAGGUGGUGUCGCUGUGCGAGGGCGCGGGGCUGCACACGCGCGUGCUGAGCGCCGGCCGCGCGCCCGCCCCCGCCCCCGCGCCCGCGCCCGCCGCGCGCCCCGACCAGCGCGCGCUGCUGUUCACCAUCACGAGGCGGGUCACUGCGGAUGGGGCGCGGGGCUGCACACGCGCGUGCUGAGCGCCGGCCGCGCGCCCGCCCCCGCCCCCGCGCCCGCGCCCGCGCCCGCCGCGCGCCCCGACCAGCGCGCGCUGCUGUUCACCAUCACGAGGCGGGUGGUGUCGCUGUGCGAGGGCGCGGGGCUGCACACGCGCGUGCUGAGCGCCGGCCGCGCGCCCGCCCCCGCCCCCGCGCCCGCGCCCGCCGCGCGCCCCGACCAGCGCGCGCUGCUGUUCACCAUCACGAGGCGGGUGGUGUCGCUGUGCGAGGGCGCGGGGCUGCACACGCGCGUGCUGAGCGCCGGCCGCGCGCCCGCCCCCGCCCCCGCGCCCGCGCCCGCGCCCGCCGCGCGCCCCGACCAGCGCGCGCUGCUGUUCACCAUCACGAGGCGGGUGGUGUCGCUGUGCGAGGGCGCGGGGCUGCACACGCGCGUGCUGAGCGCCGGCCGCGCGCCCGCCCCCGCCCCCGCGCCCGCGCCCGCGCCCGCCGCGCGCCCCGACCAGCGCGCGCUGCUGUUCACCAUCACGAGGCGGGUGGUGUCGCUGUGCGAGGGCGCGGGGCUGCACACGCGCGUGCUGAGCGCCGGCCGCGCGCCCGCCCCCGCCCCCGCGCCCGCGCCCGCCGCGCGCCCCGACCAGCGCGCGCUGCUGUUCACCAUCACGAGGCGGGUGGUGUCGCUGUGCGAGGGCGCGGGGCUGCACACGCGCGUGCUGAGCGCCGGCCGCGCGCCCGCCCCCGCCCCCGCGCCCGCGCCCGCGCCCGCCGCGCGCCCCGACCAGCGCGCGCUGCUGUUCACCAUCACGAGGCGGGUGGUGUCGCUGUGCGAGGGCGCGGGGCUGCACACGCGCGUGCUGAGCGCCGGCCGCGCGCCCGCCCCCGCCCCCGCGCCCGCGCCCGCCGCGCGCCCCGACCAGCGCGCGCUGCUGUUCACCAUCACGAGGCGGGUCACUGCGGAUGCGCCGGCCGCGCGCCCGCCCCCGCCCCCGCGCCCGCGCCCGCGCCCGCCGCGCGCCCCGACCAGCGCGCGCUGCUGUUCACCAUCACGAGGCGGGUCACUGCGGAUGGUGAGUGGACGGUCGCUGGGCGGCGUGCAGGUGGUGUCGCUGUGCGAGGGCGCGGGGCUGCACACGCGCGUGCUGAGCGCCGGCCGCGCGCCCGCCCCCGCCCCCGCGCCCGCGCCCGCGCCCGCCGCGCGCCCCGACCAGCGCGCGCUGCUGUUCACCAUCACGAGGCGGGUCACUGCGGAUGGCGUGGAAGCUUCAGUGUCACUACAUGUCGCCAGCGUGUGGGUGACUCACUCCAGUGCCUUACUGCGAGAGCUCCGCUCCUGCCUCACGGAGUUCAAGCAAUACCUCGCUAAUCUAGCGCGCUCCAUCCGCGCUGCUGCUCACGAUAUGGCCGUGGGACUUGUAGCCAGGGGUGACACGCUGUACGCAAACCCGAAGAUUUCGAGCUCAAUGGAAGGUGUAUCGCCGCGACGUCGCACCACUAGCUUAGGUUACUCUAUUGACGAGCCUGCCGAGGAAAUAAAUCUCACAGUAAACAUCGAACUGGAAUCCCCAGUGGUGGUGGUACCCCGUUCAGCGUUAUCCCCGCAAGUGUUCGUGGCCCACCUCGGCCGCAUGAGCCUCGCCAACCGGCCGCGCGGGCUCCGCGCCGCCUACCGCGUACGCGUCACCGACAUCUCGCUCGCGUCCGUGGACGUGAGCUCUAAACUAAAGCAAACAACGCUCAGCGCCGAAAGCAUGCCGUCCAUCUACGACGCCGGCGGCGGCAAGCCUGUGCUACACAACACAGCGUUACAGCUCGCCGUGCAUUAUGGGCACCUCGAGCCGAACGCUGAGCCACAGUGCGAAGUAACUGGUCAAGUUGUGGGCGGUCUCCACGUCUCAGCGCGUCGCGAACAAUAUGAACAGCUAUUAGACACUAUAAGAUAUCUUAGCGCCGCUGACGAGCCUGCACCCGCGCCCAUGCCGACCCAACAGUACCAUCAGGAGUCGAUGUCAGUGCAAGAGAUGGAGCCAGCAGUGCCGACACUGCGGCUAGACCCCGCCCUCCGCGCCGCCGUGCUCGCCGUGCCUCCCCCGCGCGCCGCGCCGCAGCCGCGCCAGCAGCGCCCGCAGCACGUGCCGCUCUCAGGUACACACGCGCACACACAGGUGUUGUAUAGUCCAUGUAGAGCUACAGCCGACACUGCGGCUAGACCCCGCCCUCCGCGCCGCCGUGCUCGCCGUGCCUCCCCCGCGCGCCGCGCCGCAGCCGCGCCAGCAGCGCCCGCAGCACGUGCCGCUCUCAGGUACACACGCGCACACACAGGUGUUGUAUACCGCGCCAGCAGCGCCCGCAGCACGUGCCGCUCUCAGGUACACACGCGCACACACAGGUGUUGUAUAGUCCAUGUAGAGCUACAGCCGACACUGCGGCUAGACCCCGCCCUCCGCGCCGCCGUGCUCGCCGUGCCUCCCCCGCGCGCCGCGCCGCAGCCGCGCCAGCAGCGCCCGCAGCACGUGCCGCUCUCAGACCCCGCCCUCCGCGCCGCCGUGCUCGCCGUGCCUCCCCCGCGCGCCGCGCCGCAGCCGCGCCAGCAGCGCCCGCAGCACGUGCCGCUCUCAGACCCCGCCCUCCGCGCCGCCGUGCUCGCCGUGCCUCCCCCGCGCGCCGCGCCGCAGCCGCGCCAGCAGCGCCCGCAGCACGUGCCGCUCUCAGACCCCGCCCUCCGCGCCGCCGUGCUCGCCGUGCCUCCCCCGCGCGCCGCGCCGCAGCCGCGCCAGCAGCGCCCGCAGCACGUGCCGCUCUCAGACCCCGCCCUCCGCGCCGCCGUGCUCGCCGUGCCUCCCCCGCGCGCCGCGCCGCAGCCGCGCCAGCAGCGCCCGCAGCACGUGCCGCUCUCAGACCCCGCCCUCCGCGCCGCCGUGCUCGCCGUGCCUCCCCCGCGCGCCGCGCCGCAGCCGCGCCAGCAGCGCCCGCAGCACGUGCCGCUCUCAGGUACACACGCGCACACACAGACCCCGCCCUCCGCGCCGCCGUGCUCGCCGUGCCUCCCCCGCGCGCCGCGCCGCAGCCGCGCCAGCAGCGCCCGCAGCACGUGCCGCUCUCAGGUACACACGCGCACACACAGGUGUUGUAUAGUCCAUGUAGAGCUACAGCCGACACUGCGGCUAGACCCCGCCCUCCGCGCCGCCGUGCUCGCCGUGCCUCCCCCGCGCGCCGCGCCGCAGCCGCGCCAGCAGCGCCCGCAGCACGUGCCGCUCUCAGUGCAUUUCGAGCUGUCAUCAUUCACUGUGGAGCUGCGGGCCGAUCUUGGCCGCGGCGAGCGCAGCUUAGUGCAACUGGCGUUCCGAGAGUUCGCGGUGCGUCUGCGACGACCACGCCCGCACGAAUCCGACCUACAUGUAUCCCUCCACUCCGUGACGAUGGAGGACCUGACCCAGGAGCCGGAGUCCAAGCACCGCACGCUGCUGGUGUCGCACGCGCCGCACGUGCCCGCCAAGGCCGUGUUCGUGUCCAAGUCGUGCCCGGAGCUCGGCCGCGCGCCGCGCGCCGCGCGCCGCGCCUCGCUGCCCUGCGGCCUCCGCGUGGACAGGGAGGUACCCACGCUAACGCAAACAAAUAUUACUCAUUGCCUCCUGGACACAUGUUCAAUAUAUGAACUGCUAUCCGAGUAUAACAACUGUAAAAGAAGAUCUAUGAAGAAGAACUGUGAUUCUAAUAAAAGAAGCUUAAAGAAGCUUCUGCUGACGUUACAAAUCUCAAGAUUCCCUGAAACGAACCCCAAGUUGUGUGUAAAAAUGAUUCCAUUUCAUGAUAUUCUUUCUAUGCAGUAUCACCGCACCAAACGUGACAGCAAAUGCGGCCCGACCCCACCCUGCUCACCAGAGCUAAGUGUCACAGUUGAAACGGAGACAGCGGACGCUGAAGCGGAAGCGGACGCGGAAGAGGGCGCGGGAGACGGCCUCGUCAACGUGACCGUGCGGAUGCGAGACCCGCAGCAUCCAAACUUCCACGAUCUGUACAAUCGGGUAUCCCGACAUACUCGAGUCCGCUUCAAUUGCCUAAAGCUAGUAGUGAGCAUCGACAGCUGGGUGGCGGUGUUGGACUUCUUCGGAGUGGCCGGGGAAGAGGCAGACGAACUACCAGAGCCACAGCCUAGUGCAGAAACCAGCGUAUCCCCAUCCGAACUAUCGUCCGAAGAAGGCACGACGCAAACCGAAAUGUCUAUCCGCUCCCUUAGCGUGGUUCUAGUUGGUGCGCGCGGGGAAGUGUGCUCAGCGCGCGCUCUACGGGUACGCGCUAACGCGCAAGCGCACGCGUCUGCGCAUACGCGUUCGUUACGCGUAGCUGUGGGCGGGCUGCAUUUGGCGGAUCUGACACCGCGUGCGCCGCUGUGGAGGGAUAGACUUAGGACGCAUGGGGAUAAGGCGCUCGAGAUUCUGUAUACUAGACUCAGCGCCACAGAAGCGGCCGAAGCCGGCUACGAAACGUCCCUCACCGUGGCUCUCGGGCCAGCCACGUAUGUGCACACAAAGAGGUUUAUCCACGAGCUGUAUGCGUUCGCGCACGACUUCCGUCAGCUGCGGCGCGUCAUCGUGCAAGCGAGACAGAAGGUGUCGGUAUCCGUCGGCGUGUCUCCAACAAGUCGUCAACGUCUCUCCGUCCGCUGCCUAUCCCCCGUCAUCGUUCUGCCCGUGUCCGGCCGGAGCCGCGGCGCACUCCGCGCCGAGCUGACAGAGCUUACCAUAGACAACUGCUUUAGGAAGGCGGGGGAUGCUGACACAGUCAGUACGAGGACUGACCCUGACGCUGGUUACCACGAGCUAUUGGACGUGCGAUCAAUCCGCCUGGAGCAGCUGAGCGUGUGGUGCGCGCGCGGCGGGCGCGGCCUGCGCGUGCGCCGCUGCGGGGCGCCGCUCCUCCCCGCGCCCGCGCGCCUGCUGCUGCAGGUGGAGCGCAACCUGAGCGACACGCACAACGGUACUGUAGUUGUGACACGCGUGCGGUGCGCGCGCGGCGGGCGCGGCCUGCGCGUGCGCCGCUGCGGGGCGCCGCUCCUCCCCGCGCCCGCGCGCCUGCUGCUGCAGGUGGAGCGCAACCUGAGCGACACGCACAACGGUACUGUAGUUGUGACACGCGUGCGGUGCGCGCGCGGCGGGCGCGGCCUGCGCGUGCGCCGCUGCGGGGCGCCGCUCCUCCCCGCGCCCGCGCGCCUGCUGCUGCAGGUGGAGCGCAACCUGAGCGACACGCACAACGGUACUGUAGUUGUGACACGCGUGCGGUGCGCGCGCGGCGGGCGCGGCCUGCGCGUGCGCCGCUGCGGGGCGCCGCUCCUCCCCGCGCCCGCGCGCCUGCUGCUGCAGGUGGAGCGCAACCUGAGCGACACGCACAACGGUACUGUAGUUGUGACACGCGUGCGGUGCGCGCGCGGCGGGCGCGGCCUGCGCGUGCGCCGCUGCGGGGCGCCGCUCCUCCCCGCGCCCGCGCGCCUGCUGCUGCAGGUGGAGCGCAACCUGAGCGACACGCACAACGGUACUGUAGUUGUGACACGCGUGCGGUGCGCGCGCGGCGGGCGCGGCCUGCGCGUGCGCCGCUGCGGGGCGCCGCUCCUCCCCGCGCCCGCGCGCCUGCUGCUGCAGGUGGAGCGCAACCUGAGCGACACGCACAACGGUACUGUAGUUGUGACACGCGUGCGGUGCGCGCGCGGCGGGCGCGGCCUGCGCGUGCGCCGCUGCGGGGCGCCGCUCCUCCCCGCGCCCGCGCGCCUGCUGCUGCAGGUGGAGCGCAACCUGAGCGACACGCACAACGGUACUGUAGUUGUGACACGCGUGCGGUGCGCGCGCGGCGGGCGCGGCCUGCGCGUGCGCCGCUGCGGGGCGCCGCUCCUCCCCGCGCCCGCGCGCCUGCUGCUGCAGGUGGAGCGCAACCUGAGCGACACGCACAACGGUACUGUAGUUGUGACACGCGUGCGGUGCGCGCGCGGCGGGCGCGGCCUGCGCGUGCGCCGCUGCGGGGCGCCGCUCCUCCCCGCGCCCGCGCGCCUGCUGCUGCAGGUGGAGCGCAACCUGAGCGACACGCACAACGUUCCGGAUAUGACGGUGCAAGGCACGCUAGCCACUCUACAAUGUGCGUUAGACCCGGCGCAAUACCGACUCGUACGCGGCGUAUUGGCACAUAACCUGGGCGAGUGCGUAGCCGAUCUACCACCACACGUUCCACUCCCAGCCACGACGGCGCCGCACCAUGAACAGGUGUGGACAACAUCCUCCAUCAAGCUGGACCUCCUCGAUGUGACUGUGGAACUGGAGCCAGAGCAUGGCGUCUCCUCACUCGCCUGCAUCAACUUCAUCAAGUCCCGUCUACUGCUGGAAACGUACUCCGAUCUGAGUCAGGACGUCGACCUGGUUUCUCAGGAGAUCCUCGUGAGCGACACGCGCUACGUGAACGAGCCGGCCAACAGGCGAGGGAACGUGUUCACGCACAUCGUGCAGCCCAUGGCGGACCAUCGGCACAGCGUGCAGGCCGAGGUUCACGCGAGAAAACGCGGUGAUUCUUCAGCGUACACGAUCUUAGUGAACAACAUGCGACUGAUGGCCAUCCUCGACUGGUGGGAAGCGGCGAACCAAUUCAUCAUGCAACUGCCUUUGCCGCCCUGCGACCCCGACCAACAGCAUUUAGAGGAGGCUCUGUCAGCGUCCCUCGGACAAAUAGGAGCAGCUGGAGCCGCCGGCGCCGGGCCCGCGGGCCAGGUGGAGCUGAAGCUCAACGUCACCGACUCGCAGCUCGUGCUGGUCGAGGACGCGUCCGUGUGGGACACCAACGCCGUCAUACUCAAGAGUACGACGGUGAUCACAUACCGCGUCGCAGACGCAGCGAAGCCUGUAUCCUGCGAGCUCAAUGAACUAGAAGUGUUCUCCUGUGUGCUGGGGCUAGAGGAGGAGACCGCGCUCGCUAUCGUCGACCCCGCUGCGGUUACGGUUGCCCUGCAUAAGGACCGCUCGCUACACAUAUCAAUGGGCACGUUGAACCUGCGAUUGUCGUAUCACGACAUGCGCAUGUUCGCGUCGAUGAUACAGUCGCUACCGGCGCAAGUCCGUGCUGCUUUGUCAGGAAAAACAGAAGAAGAAACAGUAGACGCAGAUGCACCGGCGAACAGCCUGCACAUGCGAGCCGGGGCGCGCCUGCUGCCGCCUCGCUGGCUGCCGCUGCGCGCGCCGCCGCCGCAGCCGUCCGCGGUGUGGCCUCUUCGAGCCGUGCAGGUGACCGCUGAGUGCGUGACGCUCUGUGUGAUCGACGACUGUCUGGACUCGGAUGUGCCGUUACUGGAGGUCUCUUUAGCUGACCUUAACGUGGAACAGGACCUGCGCAAGAUAGAAGAGUCAUUUUCGGACCCCGUGCUGGUGUGCACGCCGUGCGCGGGCGCCGCGCCGGCGGGCGGCGGCGCGGGCGCCGGGCGGCUGGGCGGCGCGCUCAGCGUGCACUACUACAACCGCAUGCUGUCCGGCUGGGAGCCCGCCAUCGAGCCCUGGAGGUCACUGUUACUGAUUACCUUUAUGUUCGGACCCCGUGCUGGUGUGCACGCCGUGCGCGGGCGGCUGGGCGGCGCGCUCAGCGUGCACUACUACAACCGCAUGCUGUCCGGCUGGGAGCCCGCCAUCGAGCCCUGGAGGUCACUGUUACUGAUUACCUUUAUGUUCGGACCCCGUGCUGGUGUGCACGCCGUGCGCGGGCGGCUGGGCGGCGCGCUCAGCGUGCACUACUACAACCGCAUGCUGUCCGGCUGGGAGCCCGCCAUCGAGCCCUGGAGGUCACUGUUACUGAUUACCUUUAUGUUCGGACCCCGUGCUGGUGUGCACGCCGUGCGCGGGCGGCUGGGCGGCGCGCUCAGCGUGCACUACUACAACCGCAUGCUGUCCGGCUGGGAGCCCGCCAUCGAGCCCUGGAGGUCACUGUUACUGAUUACCUUUAUGUUCGGACCCCGUGCUGGUGUGCACGCCGUGCGCGGGCGGCUGGGCGGCGCGCUCAGCGUGCACUACUACAACCGCAUGCUGUCCGGCUGGGAGCCCGCCAUCGAGCCCUGGAGGUCACUGUUACUGAUUACCUUUAUGUUCGGACCCCGUGCUGGUGUGCACGCCGUGCGCGGGCGGCUGGGCGGCGCGCUCAGCGUGCACUACUACAACCGCAUGCUGUCCGGCUGGGAGCCCGCCAUCGAGCCCUGGAGGUCACUGUUACUGAUUACCUUUAUGUUCGGACCCCGUGCUGGUGUGCACGCCGUGCGCGGGCGGCUGGGCGGCGCGCUCAGCGUGCACUACUACAACCGCAUGCUGUCCGGCUGGGAGCCCGCCAUCGAGCCCUGGAGGUCACUGUUACUGAUUACCUUUAUGUUCGGACCCCGUGCUGGUGUGCACGCCGUGCGCGGGCGGCUGGGCGGCGCGCUCAGCGUGCACUACUACAACCGCAUGCUGUCCGGCUGGGAGCCCGCCAUCGAGCCCUGGAGGUCACUGUUACUGAUUACCUUUAUGUUCGGACCCCGUGCUGGUGUGCACGCCGUGCGCGGGCGGCUGGGCGGCGCGCUCAGCGUGCACUACUACAACCGCAUGCUGUCCGGCUGGGAGCCCGCCAUCGAGCCCUGGAGGUCACUGUUACUGAUUACCUUUAUGUUCGGACCCCGUGCUGGUGUGCACGCCGUGCGCGGGCGGCUGGGCGGCGCGCUCAGCGUGCACUACUACAACCGCAUGCUGUCCGGCUGGGAGCCCGCCAUCGAGCCCUGGAGGUCACUGUUACUGAUUACCUUUAUGUUCGGACCCCGUGCUGGUGUGCACGCCGUGCGCGGGCGGCUGGGCGGCGCGCUCAGCGUGCACUACUACAACCGCAUGCUGUCCGGCUGGGAGCCCGCCAUCGAGCCCUGGAGAUUCGAGACGUCAUGGGAGUACACGCUGACCAGCGGCCUCGCGCUAGGCCGGCUGGCGGUGUCCGUGCGUUCAACCGAAGUGCUUAACACAAACAUCACGUCCUCGCUCGUGGAGCUGACGCAGCUGGUGCGGGCUAACUGGACCGCCGAUUACUACACGCAGCCGGUAUCUCUGGAUGCAUCGCCGAAAGGUAGCCCAGCGGGGCAUCGGCGGCGCUCACCGUUCGUGCCUUACGCUCUACGUAACCACACUGGACACAAGCUGUGGUUCACUACACUUCUAACUACUUGUGACGUACUGACGGAGACCCUCGGGUGGAGCGGGCCCGACGACUCGUGGGUGUGCGUGCGCGGCGGCGACACGGAGCCGUUCUCGUUCGGCGCGCGGCGCGGGCGCGGCGCGCGCGCGGGCCCCGCCGUGCUGCACCAGCUGGCGCUGCGCCUGGACGGCUGGGGCCCGCCCGGCCCCGUGUGCGUGGACCGCGUCGGCGUGUUCUUCCGGACGCUCACGCAUGCGAAAACGGGCGCAGAAGCCCGGAUUGUGCUAGAAGUGUCGCUAGAAGGCUCGGCGCGCAAGCUGGUGACGGUGCGUUCGGCGCUCACGCUACUGAAUCGACUGACUGUACCCGUUGAUGUGCGGCUGGAACCCGCUCCAGGCCAAUGGUCGGGCGGCAGCGGGCGCUGGACGAGCGUGGGCGCGGGCGGGCGCUGGGCGGCGCCGCUGUCGCCGCAGCCGGGGGGCGUGGCCGUGCGGCCGAGCCUGCGCGGCGCCUGCCCGCCCGCGCCGGCGCACGUGGACUGGCGCGUGCACGAGCGCGCGCUGCUGCACGUGGAGUGCCGCGCGCCGCCGCUCGAUGUCUACAGAUUCUGCUGUGUGGUAGUCCGAGAGCGCUUCCCCCCGACCCGCGACCCGAACGCGGCCGGACACGCCCUGACCCUCGUACCAGCUCUCCGACUGGAAAACUUGCUACCGCUGGAGCUGCAGUUCAGGUGUUCAGGGCUGGACGUGCAGAAUGUUGGCGGUGCGUUGCCGCCCGCUGUUACACGCCCUUUCCACGAGGUAAACGUAGAAGAAGGCGUAGAGCUCAGCGUGAAGAUAGAAGGCUUUGGAUGGUCUUCGACCCUGUCUGUGGGCGGCGCGGGGGCAAACUCCUUUACAGCCCGCCUUAAACUUAAAGAUUCUUGGGGCAGACGGUUAUACCUCAAUGCAAGAGUCGCUGUGAAAUCUACAGAUGGAAUCAAGAUUUCGAUCAGCGCAGCGUACUGGAUCGUAAACCGAACUGGUCUUCCCCUGGUGUUCCGCGCAGAAGGCGCGACGGCGCCCGCGGCCGGGCAGGGAGACGAGCACGAGAUCGCGCGUAUGGUGGCGCCACUGCUGUUCGCGUUCGCGGAGGCCGACGGCGGCCCCACGGUCACCGCUCGGCUCGGCACCGGCGUGGCGCUCAACCAGGAGGUAACUAGACAGCAGGAGAUCGCGCGCAGGGUGGCGCCACUGCUGUUCGCGUCCGCGGAGGCCGACGGCGGCCCCACGGUCACCGCUCGGCUCGGCACCGGCGUGGCGCUCAACCAGGAGGUAACUAGACAGCAGGAGAUCGCGCGCAGGGUGGCGCCACUGCUGUUCGCGUUCGCGGAGGCCGAUGGCGGCCCCACGGUCACCGCUCGGCUCGGCACCGGCGUGGCGCUCAACCAGGAGGUAACUAGACAGCAGGAGAUCGCGCGCAGGGUGGCGCCACUGCUGUUCGCGUUCGCGGAGGCCGACGGCGGCCCCACGGUCACCGCUCGGCUCGGCACCGGCGUGGCGCUCAACCAGGAGUUAACUAGACAGCAGGAGAUCGCGCGCAGGGUGGCGCCACUGCUGUUCGCGUUCGCGGAGGCCGACGGCGGCCCCACGGUCACCGCUCGGCUCGGCACCGGCGUGGCGCUCAACCAGGAGGUAACUAGACAGCAGGAGAUCGCGCGCAGGGUGGCGCCACUGCUGUUCGCGUUCGCGGAGGCCGAUGGCGGCCCCACGGUCACCGCUCGGCUCGGCACCGGCGUGGCGCUCAACCAGGAGGUAACUAGACAGCAGGAGAUCGCGCGCAGGGUGGCGCCACUGCUGUUCGCGUUCGCGGAGGCCGACGGCGGCCCCACGGUCACCGCUCGGCUCGGCACCGGCGUGGCGCUCAACCAGGAGUUAACUAGACAGCAGGAGAUCGCGCGCAGGGUGGCGCCACUGCUGUUCGCGUUCGCGGAGGCCGACGGCGGCCCCACGGUCACCGCUCGGCUCGGCACCGGCGUGGCGCUCAACCAGGAGUGGUGUUCCCCAUUCGGGCUGGGCCCCGGCACGGCGGUGAAGAAGCUCACAGCCGGCGACAAGGUUUACGCCGUCGGCGUCUCCGUCCGCGCCGGCCGCGGCCGCUACAGGCACACCAACAUCGCUACACUCACACCGCGAUACCAGCUGCACAACAACACGCCCUACCAUCUGCAGUUCGCGCAGAAGUGUACUGCUACUACCUUGAAUGACCCAGGCGCUCGGGCUACGCACGUGUCCGCGGUCGCUGGAUGCUACCUGCCCUGGCACUGGGCGCGCUGGGAGCGCGCGCAGCUGCUGUGCGUGCGCGUGCUGGCCCCGGGCGGCGCGCCGCGCACCGCCUGGUCGGGCGGCCUGCGCGUCGACAGCACGCGCGCCGUGCACAUAGCCUGCAGGUACAGUAGCACAGGGCCGCCGGGAGCGCGCGCAGCUGCUGUGCGUGCGCGUGCUGGCCCCGGGCGGCGCGCCGCGCACCGCCUGGUCGGGCGGCCUGCGCGUCGACAGCACGCGCGCCGUGCACAUAGCCUGCAGGUACAGUACACGCGCGCCGUGCACAUAGCCUGCAGGUACAGUAGCACAGGGCCGCCGGGAGCGCGCGCAGCUGCUGUGCGUGCGCGUGCUGGCCCCGGGCGGCGCGCCGCGCACCGCCUGGUCGGGCGGCCUGCGCGUCGACAGCACGCGCGCCGUGCACAUAGCCUGCAGCCUGCAGGUACAGUAGCACAGGGCCGCCGGGAGCGCGCGCAGCUGCUGUGCGUGCGCGUGCUGGCCCCGGGCGGCGCGCCGCGCACCGCCUGGUCGGGCGGCCUGCGCGUCGACAGCACGCGCGCCGUGCACAUAGCCUGCAGGUACAGUAGCACAGGGCCGCCGGGAGCGCGCGCAGCUGCUGUGCGUGCGCGUGCUGGCCCCGGGCGGCGCGCCGCGCACCGCCUGGUCGGGCGGCCUGCGCGUCGACAGCACGCGCGCCGUGCACAUAGCCUGCAGCCUGCAGGUACAGUAGCACAGGGCCGCCGGGAGCGCGCGCAGCUGCUGUGCGUGCGCGUGCUGGCCCCGGGCGGCGCGCCGCGCACCGCCUGGUCGGGCGGCCUGCGCGUCGACAGCACGCGCGCCGUGCACAUAGCCUGCAGGUACAGUAGCACAGGGCCGCCGGGAGCGCGCGCAGCUGCUGUGCGUGCGCGUGCUGGCCCCGGGCGGCGCGCCGCGCACCGCCUGGUCGGGCGGCCUGCGCGUCGACAGCACGCGCGCCGUGCACAUAGCCUGCAGCCUGCAGGUACAGUAGCACAGGGCCGCCGGGAGCGCGCGCAGCUGCUGUGCGUGCGCGUGCUGGCCCCGGGCGGCGCGCCGCGCACCGCCUGGUCGGGCGGCCUGCGCGUCGACAGCACGCGCGCCGUGCACAUAGCCUGCAGGUACAGUAGCACAGGGCCGCCGGGAGCGCGCGCAGCUGCUGUGCGUGCGCGUGCUGGCCCCGGGCGGCGCGCCGCGCACCGCCUGGUCGGGCGGCCUGCGCGUCGACAGCACGCGCGCCGUGCACAUAGCCUGCAGCCUGCAGGUACAGUAGCACAGGGCCGCCGGGAGCGCGCGCAGCUGCUGUGCGUGCGCGUGCUGGCCCCGGGCGGCGCGCCGCGCACCGCCUGGUCGGGCGGCCUGCGCGUCGACAGCACGCGCGCCGUGCACAUAGCCUGCAGGUACAGUAGCACAGGGCCGCCGGGAGCGCGCGCAGCUGCUGAGCGUGCGCGUGCUGGCCCCGGGCGGCGCGCCGCGCACCGCCUGCCUGCAGGUACAGUAGCACAGGGCCGCCGGGAGCGCGCGCAGCUGCUGUGCGUGCGCGUGCUGGCCCCGGGCGGCGCGCCGCGCACCGCCUGGUCGGGCGGCCUGCGCGUCGACAGCACGCGCGCCGUGCACAUAGCCUGCAGGUACAGUAGCACAGGGCCGCCGGGAGCUAUCCCAAACAUUAUUUGCAGAGAAAAUAUCGGUGGCGGUGGCUACGUGUUCUUACGAGUAGAGGUCGUAGCGCAAGGAGCUACUCUUUUCGUAGUAUUAACCCACGCCGACAGCGCGCCGCCGCCUCUACGUGUCGACAACCACUCGCCCGUCGCCAUCAUGUUCCAUCAGGUAAGCUCACUAGUGCAAUCACAGGAUAUAUCACUAGAAACAGUCCUAGAACUGAAAACAAAAUUGCGAGUCUUUUGUUUUGACCCGAAAAUUCCGGGCUCUGCUGCGAAUACGACUCCAUUAAAAAUCGUUCUCAUUGUCAUUAAUGUUGUGCAGGUGGGAUGCGGCGAAGAGUGCGUGGUGGGCGCGCACGGCGCCGUGCAGUGGGCGCUGCCGGAGCCCGAGGGGCAGGCCGCGCUGGCGCUGCGCGCGCCGGGCGGCCCGCGCGCCACGCUGCCCCUGGAGGCGCUCGGCACCAAUGUCAUCUUGGCGUAUCAGAACUUUAUCUACGUGGCUUUUGAUAAGAGUGGCUCGUCGAACGAUGAUUCUAUUCUAGUCUUGGAAGUGCCUUUAAACUCUACGCGAGUUAUCUUGGCUAGGAAACGAUAUGGUGAUAGGGGUCAACUUUGGCGGCGCGGUCCUAACGACCAGCUGAUCCACGAAGGCAGCUCGCCGCCGCAACCGACAGAUGCAUUGCUUACAGAUGAACCCACCCUAUCGCCACACGCAAUGGUGCUGGACAUAGAGGGCCCGGCGCCGCGCCCGGGUCGCGCCGCGGCGCUCGUGCUGCGCCGCGCCGACCCGCGCCGCGCCUCCACGCAGGCGUGGCGCCUGCUCGCCGGCCGCAUGGCGUGCGCACACGCCAACCUGUGCGUGCAGCCUGACGGCGGGCUCAUGGCGCUUACACCCGGUAUGUACACCAAGGGGGCCCGGCGCCGCGCCGACCCGCGCCGCGCCUCCACGCAGGCGUGGCGCCUGCUCGCCGGCCGCAUGGCGUGCGCACACGCCAACCUGUGCGUGCAGCCUGACGGCGGGCUCAUGGGGGCCCGGCGCCGCGCCGACCCGCGCCGCGCCUCCACGCAGGCGUGGCGCCUGCUCGCCGGCCGCAUGGCGUGCGCACACGCCAACCUGUGCGUGCAGCCUGACGGCGGGCUCAUGGGGGCCCGGCGCCGCGCCGACCCGCGCCGCGCCUCCACGCAGGCGUGGCGCCUGCUCGCCGGCCGCAUGGCGUGCGCACACGCCAACCUGUGCGUGCAGCCUGACGGCGGGCUCAUGGGGGCCCGGCGCCGCGCCGACCCGCGCCGCGCCUCCACGCAGGCGUGGCGCCUGCUCGCCGGCCGCAUGGCGUGCGCACACGCCAACCUGUGCGUGCAGCCUGACGGCGGGCUCAUGGGGGCCCGGCGCCGCGCCGACCCGCGCCGCGCCUCCACGCAGGCGUGGCGCCUGCUCGCCGGCCGCAUGGCGUGCGCACACGCCAACCUGUGCGUGCAGCCUGACGGCGGGCUCAUGGGGGCCCGGCGCCGCGCCGACCCGCGCCGCGCCUCCACGCAGGCGUGGCGCCUGCUCGCCGGCCGCAUGGCGUGCGCACACGCCAACCUGUGCGUGCAGCCUGACGGCGGGCUCAUGGGGGCCCGGCGCCGCGCCGACCCGCGCCGCGCCUCCACGCAGGCGUGGCGCCUGCUCGCCGGCCGCAUGGCGUGCGCACACGCCAACCUGUGCGUGCAGCCUGACGGCGGGCUCAUGGGGGCCCGGCGCCGCGCCGACCCGCGCCGCGCCUCCACGCAGGCGUGGCGCCUGCUCGCCGGCCGCAUGGCGUGCGCACACGCCAACCUGUGCGUGCAGCCUGACGGCGGGCUCAUGGGGGCCCGGCGCCGCGCCGACCCGCGCCGCGCCUCCACGCAGGCGUGGCGCCUGCUCGCCGGCCGCAUGGCGUGCGCACACGCCAACCUGUGCGUGCAGCCUGACGGCGGGCUCAUGGGGGCCCGGCGCCGCGCCGACCCGCGCCGCGCCUCCACGCAGGCGUGGCGCCUGCUCGCCGGCCGCAUGGCGUGCGCACACGCCAACCUGUGCGUGCAGCCUGACGGCGGGCUCAUGGGGGCCCGGCGCCGCGCCGACCCGCGCCGCGCCUCCACGCAGGCGUGGCGCCUGCUCGCCGGCCGCAUGGCGUGCGCACACGCCAACCUGUGCGUGCAGCCUGACGGCGGGCUCAUGGGGGCCCGGCGCCGCGCCGACCCGCGCCGCGCCUCCACGCAGGCGUGGCGCCUGCUCGCCGGCCGCAUGGCGUGCGCACACGCCAACCUGUGCGUGCAGCCUGACGGCGGGCUCAUGGGGGCCCGGCGCCGCGCCGACCCGCGCCGCGCCUCCACGCAGGCGUGGCGCCUGCUCGCCGGCCGCAUGGCGUGCGCACACGCCAACCUGUGCGUGCAGCCUGACGGCGGGCUCAUGGGGGCCCGGCGCCGCGCCGACCCGCGCCGCGCCUCCACGCAGGCGUGGCGCCUGCUCGCCGGCCGCAUGGCGUGCGCACACGCCAACCUGUGCGUGCAGCCUGACGGCGGGCUCAUGGGGGCCCGGCGCCGCGCCGACCCGCGCCGCGCCUCCACGCAGGCGUGGCGCCUGCUCGCCGGCCGCAUGGCGUGCGCACACGCCAACCUGUGCGUGCAGCCUGACGGCGGGCUCAUGGGGGCCCGGCGCCGCGCCGACCCGCGCCGCGCCUCCACGCAGGCGUGGCGCCUGCUCGCCGGCCGCAUGGCGUGCGCACAUGCCAACCUGUGCGUGCAGCCUGACGGCGGGCUCAUGGGGGCCCGGCGCCGCGCCGACCCGCGCCGCGCCUCCACGCAGGCGUGGCGCCUGCUCGCCGGCCGCAUGGCGUGCGCACACGCCAACCUGUGCGUGCAGCCUGACGGCGGGCUCAUGGGGGCCCGGCGCCGCGCCGACCCGCGCCGCGCCUCCACGCAGGCGUGGCGCCUGCUCGCCGGCCGCAUGGCGUGCGCACACGCCAACCUGUGCGUGCAGCCUGACGGCGGGCUCAUGGCGCUUACACCCGGGAGCCGAGUCGUGUUAGGUCUGCCGGAUUCGUCUCGUGGACGGGUGCCACUGCCACCAGAGCAAGCAGUGGCGUGGCACACUCUGCGGCCCGGCUCGGGCCGGCUGUCCGUGUCGCUCUCGUGCGCCGGCCCCACGCGCAUCGUCAGUAUCAGAGACCCGCAGGACCCGGAAUCCUGUUGGAUCGAAGGCGUCGAAACGGACUCGGAAGCUGACGAGCCACCUCGCCGCGAAUGGGAAGUGCAAGUCGCGCUAGCCGGUCUGUCGGUGUCGCUGAUAGCAAGAUCACCGGCGCAGGAGCUCGUGCACGCUUUACUGAGCGGCGUGCUGCUGCGCGUGGCCGCAGCGCGCGACGCUGUGCUCGCGCUGUCCGUGCAGGACAUGCAGUGGGACAACCAGGUACUGGGUGUAUAUUACAGCGUCACUAGCACGACACCGGCCCAGCUCGUGCACGCUUUACUGAGCGGCGUGCUGCUGCGCGUGGCCGCAGCGCGCGACGCUGUGCUCGCGCUGUCCGUGCAGGACAUGCAGUGGGACAACCAGGUACUGGGUGUAUAUUACAGCGUCACUAGCACGACACCGGCCCAGCUCGUGCACGCUUUACUGAGCGGCGUGCUGCUGCGCGUGGCCGCAGCGCGCGACGCUGUGCUCGCGCUGUCCGUGCAGGACAUGCAGUGGGACAACCAGGUACUGUGUGUAUAUUACAGCGUCACUAGCACGACACCGGCCCAGCUCGUGCACGCUUUACUGAGCGGCGUGCUGCUGCGCGUGACCGCAGCGCGCGACGCUGUACUCGCGCUGUCCGUGCAGGACAUGCAGUGGGACAACCAGGUACUGGGUGUAUAUUACAGCGUCACUAGCACGACACCGGCCCAGCUCGUGCACGCUUUACUGAGCGGCGUGCUGCUGCGCGUGGCCGCAGCGCGCGACGCUGUGCUCGCGCUGUCCGUGCAGGACAUGCAGUGGGACAACCAGGUACUGUGUGUAUAUUACAGCGUCACUAGCACGACACCGGCCCAGCUCGUGCACGCUUUACUGAGCGGCGUGCUGCUGCGCGUGGCCGCAGCGCGCGACGCUGUGCUCGCGCUGUCCGUGCAGGACAUGCAGUGGGACAACCAGGUACUGUGUGUAUAUUACAGCAUCACUAGCACGACACCGGCCCAGCUCGUGCACGCUUUACUGAGCGGCGUGCUGCUGCGCGUGGCCGCAGCGCGCGACGCUGUGCUCGCGCUGUCCGUGCAGGACAUGCAGUGGGACAACCAGGUACUGUGUGUAUAUUACAGCGUCACUAGCACGACACCGGCCCAGCUCGUGCACGCUUUACUGAGCGGCGUGCUGCUGCGCGUGGCCGCAGCUCGCGACGCUGUGCUCGCGCUGUCCGUGCAGGACAUGCAGUGGGACAACCAGGUACUGUGUGUAUAUUACAGCAUCACUAGCACGACACCGGCCCAGCUUGUGCACGCUUUACUGAGCGGCGUGCUGCUGCGCGUGGCCGCAGCGCGCGACGCUGUGCUCGCGCUGUCCGUGCAGGACAUGCAGUGGGACAACCAGGUACUGUGUGUAUAUUACAGCAUCACUAGCACGACACCGGCCCAGCUUGUGCACGCUUUACUGAGCGGCGUUCUGCUGCGCGUGGCCGCAGCGCGCAACGUUGUGCUCGCGCUGUCCGUGCAGGACAUGCAGUGGGACAACCAGGUACUGUGUGUAUAUUACAGCGUCACUAGCACGACACCGGCCCAGCUCGUGCACGCUUUACUGAGCGGCGUGCUGCUGCGCGUGGCCGCAGCGCGCGACGCUGUGCUCGCGCUGUCCGUGCAGGACAUGCAGUGGGACAGCCAGGUACUGUGUGUAUAUUAUAGCGUCACUAGCACGACACCGGCCCAGCUCGUGCACGCUUUACUGAGCGGCGUGCUGCUGCGCGUGGCCGCAGCGCGCGACGCUGUGCUCGCGCUGUCCGUGCAGGACAUGCAGUGGGACAACCAGGUACUGUGUGUAUAUUACAGCAUCACUAGCACUACACCGGCCCAGCUUGUGCACGCUUUACUGAGCGGCGUGCUGCUGCGCGAGGCCGCAGCGCGCGACGCUGUGCUCGCGCUGUCCGUGCAGGACAUGCAGUGGGACAACCAGCUACUCGGCACGCCGAGCCCCGUGCUGCUCUACUGCCUGCCGGGCACGCCAGGCACGCCCGGCUCGCCCGGCACGCCGGCCUUGCACGCGGCGGCCGAGCUCAUGCGGGCCCCAGCACGUCGCUACAACGCGCUGUUCUUCAAGCAUCUCGUGGUGGCGCUGCGGCCGCUCGCCAUAAGAUUGGAGGAGAGACUGAUCCUGAAACUAUGGUGGUGGGCGGCACCACCAGACGACGAGGCGCGCGAAGAAAUCGACGAAGCUGAUUACGAAACUCGACGUAUGCUGGACGAAGUUACCGCGCUACACGCUAGGCGGUACUACUUCGCACUCAUCAAGAUAAUUCCGAGUCAGAUCCGUCUAUCGAUGACAACGGCGAGCAAGCUGGAGCGCGAGCUCGGCGCACUGAAACGCCGUCUUGGGCUGACGAUGAUCAAGUUCGAAGAUGCGUGCGUCGAGCUCGAGCCGUUUGCGCGCGCGCAUGUCUUCGAGCCCGCGCCGUAUCUGGCACGACAAAUGCUCAAGCACUUUAAAGACGAACUAAAAUGGCAAGCAGCUAAGAUCCUGGGCUCCGUGGAUUUCUUGGGCAACCCGCUGGGCUUCGUGGCUGACGUGUCGGAGGGCGUAUCCGGACUUAUAUAUGAAGGAAACGUCGGGGCUUUGCUCAAGAAUGUGACCCACGGCAUCUCUAACUCGGCUGCGAAAGUCACUGAAUCCUUGGGCGACGGUCUAGAGCGAGUAGUAGGCGAUGAAGCGCACGAAGAAACACGCCGUCGCAUCCGAAGUAGCGCAGGCGGCGCGCAUCUCUCCGCCGGCCUGCGCGGGCUCGGACUCGGGAUACUCGGUGGCAUGACGUCUCUAGUGAAGCACAGCUACGAAGGCGCCGCAGCUGAAGGCCUGCCGGGACUAUUGGCCGGCGUGGGCAAGGGGCUCGUGGGCACCGUCACUAAACCAGUCAUCGGCGUGCUGGACCUCGCCGCCGAGACCGCCUCCGCUCUCAGGGACUCCGCGCGCCGCGCUGACAAGUGGGUGCCAGGCCGAGCUCGCGAGCCGCGUUGCGCGGCCGGCCCGGGCGGGCUGCUCCCCCGCUACGACGCCUCACAAGCGGCCGGCGCGGCGCUCCUGCACCGACUGACGACGGACCCGGCCGAGGGCUUCCUCGCUUAUCGGGUCGUCCGCGACACGCCGCAUGACAUCCGAGCGUUGUUGUCGACUACACAUUUACGGAUAUUCACCUGCAAGCACGCGCAACCGCAAAUCGUCAUGGAGACGCAUCUCAGGUAGGUUUAGAGUCAUGUCAGCAGAUCAUUUGGUUAGAUUUUAGAAUCAUCUUGGCUGAAUUAUAUUAGCACAUUAUGGACCCGGAUAC